AUUAUUUCAAGCCAUUCCGUGGUAAGGUCUGCUGGUUUAUUCAUUGCAAUUGUGAAGCCACAGACUGGAAACUCCACGGCAGCCAAUAAUCGAAAAAGCUCUGAUAAUUCGCACUGUGAAGGUUUUAAGCUGCUCGAGGUGUGAGUAGUCUACUGCAUAAUAAUAGAAUUGGAGGAGAGAAAUGAUUGAAGAGUUCAAAGUUGAAUUGGAGGAUCCACAGAGAAUAUAUUUUUCGGGUGAUGAUCUGAGAGGACACAUCAUUCUCCAUGUUAAAGCUCCAUAUGAUCUGAAAUGUGUUGCAAUACGAUUUGUCGGAGAAGCAAAGUUUCGACUACCUGAGGAAAGUUUGAAUGAGAAAAUGAAUUUGAAGAGAAAAAGAAAACAGUUGAAAAACACAUUGAAGAAAAUUAGACGUAAAAAUAAGAUAUGUCCGGCUCCGAUCAGCACGAAUGAAGACACAAAAGUUGUGGCUGGUGAAGUGAAAAAUAAUGCUACAUUGAAGAAAAAACGGCUGAUGAGAUUUAGCUCUGAAACUUAUUUUGACAAGCGCGAUAUUUUGUUUGGUCAUAACUACAGCAGUUACAGAGAGCAUCUUCCAGCCGGAACACAUUGCCUUCCGUUUGCCUUCACACUCCCGGCUAAUCUGCCGACUUCGUAUGUGGGGAGGCGUGCUUUCAUCCACUAUUACUGCGAGGCAGUGAUCGAGCGCUGGAACAAGCCUUCCGUUGCUCAGAAAACCCAUUUCACUGUUUCCGAAGUGGUUGAUCUCAACAAUGACCCACGAGCUGAUAUGUCGUGUUCUGUGACAAAGAACUCAAGCUGCUGGAUGCUGUGCUGCCCGCGUGGCACUAUUCUGGUGACCGGUCGGCUGACGCAUCAGGGUGUCGUGUGUGGCCAGGCAGUGCCACUAGAGGCCGACAUUCACAAUAUGACCAACUACAACAUCAACCAGUCCUAUCUCUCCAUCAUACAGGUAACGUCUUACCUUAACAGUCAUGGAAUUGCCGUGUGCGAAGAUGAACGCCUGGUGUUGGAAGUGAAGAAUGGAAGAAUACCUAAGGGAGAGUUUGUGAUAUGGCCUGAAAACAAAAUGAAAGUUCCCCCUCUACCACCCACAUCUCAAUCACGAACACUUUGUAAGAUAAUUGUCAUCAGUUAUCGAGUUCAAAUACGCCUAAAAUUGUCAAUGAAAGGUGAAAGUGUAACAGUGAAUCUUCCAUUAAUAAUUGGGAACAUCCCGUUUAGAAAAGAUUUCAAAAAUCUCGAAUACGAUGAUGACGAGAAUCAACCACACAAUCGAAUUAUUUUUCAAAAAGCAAUACCAAAUCAAGACUUCUAAAACAACUACCUCCGUACAGCAUAGCUGGCGUUCCGUGUGAUAAUCCGAAGCAGACUGAAUGCUCCUAUCCACUACCUGAUCAUGUGCCCAAAUGUAUGACAUUUAAAUUCAGUGAUUAAGUAGGCCAACUGUUCGCACAGUGCCAGUUCAAACGGAAUCUCUGUUACCUAUUUGAACUGAAUUAAAUCCAUAUUUUUGGCCAUAUGCACCAUCAACUACGUUUAAUGCUAUAGACUGAAUAAAAUAAGUUGAGAAUUGUCCCCCACCCGAACGAAAAUACCAUCGUUGCAAAAUUGUGUAAAAUUGCAAAUUUUUCAAUUCUAUAAUCAAAUUCCGGUUACAGAAUUUUAUGUAGAUUAUUAUCAUCCCAGUACCAUUCUCUGGUAGUACCAAAAAAGCUUCAAGAAUCAGGCCAACCGUGCUCUUGAAAUUGGAAAAAAUUACAUCAAAACUUUGAAAUAGCUUCAGUUGGGAACUUGAACUUUUAGUCCUUAAAUCAAGAAAGACUCUUCUUGAACUAUAAUACGAGUAACUCUUAUACAUUAGAUCUCAGUUAUCAGAGCUCACCAUAAUUUUCAAAAUCUUCAAUUCAUGUGAAACUGGAAUAAUUUGAUAUCUAAUUUUUUUACAUAUUUUUGAAAUUUAAUUAUUCGUGUGUAUUGUAUAAUUAUUGUAGUGCUAAUCUAUAUUUUAAAAAUGAAACGUUGAUAGUGCCAUUUUUUACUGGCACAUGUUUCGACGUAUAGAUACUAUACUCAUAGGCCCGUUAUUUGCACAAAAGCCAGUUGAAUUUUAAUCGUGAUUUAUUUUGCAAGAACCAAUCAGAGAAAAGGUGUUUUUUAAAAGAUGGCUUUCUGAUUGGUUCUUGUGGAAUUAAUCACAGUUAAAAUUUAACCGGCUUUUGUGCGACCAGAACAUAGCCUUUAUUUAUCUUGACAUUAAUGACAACUCGUUCAUUCAUAGAAUCUUCAAUUUCUAGAGCAGAAAAUAUGGUUAUAAAACUAUCUUUAUUUGAUAAUUUUGAACUGUGUGUCAAAAGUCGUAAAUUAUAUCAGUGGAAGAAUUAAACAAAAGGCUAAUGUUUAUGACUCUAUGUAUUGAGAAAAAAUAAACUUUUACAUCUUCAAUUUGUCAAAUUUAA